AUGCUCUCGAGCCUUCACUUUGAUCACGUCGUCUCCACAGAACUGUUCCUCGCAUUUUUCUUCAUCAUCUCCCGACUCUUCUACCUUUUGGUUGUGAAGCCUCGACAGAACAAUCUCAGCCACAUUCCUCGUCCGAACCAAGGCUUCUUCCUCUUCAGACUCUUGCACGAGCCAACAGUCCGCGAACUCGAGCAAUGGCUGGACGAACUCCCACAUAAAGGCCUGAUUCGAUACUACGGCCUGUGGAACCAAGAGCGAAUCUUCGCCGCGAGUCCAGAAGCCGUCAAAGACCUCCUCGUCUCAGGAGCUUACCAAUUCGUGAAGCCAGAGCUGCAGCGGCUUCUGGCGGGCAAUGUCGCGGCGGAGGGACUCCUGCUCCAAGAAGGAACGAUCCAUAAGGCGGCACGAAAGGCCUUUCAACCAGCGUUCCAUGCAGAUCACAUUCGCCGAGCGUAUCCGAUCAUGUGGGAGACCGCAUUCGACCUCGUGAACGCCGUGACGAUGCAAACCCAGGCACAGCACGCUGACACGAGCGACAAGACUGGAUCCAAGGAAGGCAUCGGUCUAUUGAAACCACUCUCUGCCGCGAGCAUCGACAUUAUCGGCCGCUGGGGUUUCUCCAAAGACUUUAACGCUGUCCAAGACCCCUCAGCCAAGUUCGGUCGAACUUACAUUCAGAUUCUCAAGACGACUAAGCGUGGUCAGGGGACGCUUCACCAAGCCGCUAUCAUUGGGCCAAAGCUCGCUCUACAGCUGCCUCUGCGCGCAAUUAAGACGAUUCGCAGAGGCGUCGCACUCGUGGUGAAAACGGCGGAGACAAUCGUUCAAGAGCAUGAACAGUCCCAGGAUACCAACAGCAUUGACAUGCUGGGUGUUGCGAUGAAAUCGGGACAUUUCUCUCACUCGGACUUGGUAGUCCAAACAGUUCACAUGCUUGCAGCUGGGACGGAAACGGUUUCUGGAAGCGUCUCCUGGGCAAUUCAUCUGCUCUCACGCCAUCCAGAGAUGCAAACCCGUCUACGUGAGGAGAUCCGACAACAGCUCCCGUCCCCUCGCUCGAUCAAUGGACAUUUAGAUCUCCAGGAGGCCGACUUCGCAGGGACGAAGUAUCUUGAUGCUGUUAUCAAAGAGGUUCUUCGAUUCCACUCCAUCAACACGAUCUUGUGGCGGGAGUGCGUAUCUCCAGCUCGAAUUCUCGACACUGUCAUCCCGGUCGGCGCUAAAGUGGUCUUCUCGCCCUGGGCACUGGGGAGAGAUCCAAAUCAUUGGGGACCGGAUGCACGUACAUUCAACCCAGACAGGUGGCUGGACGAGAACAGAGAGCAAGGUGUUUGCGACAACGUGCUUUCUUUCUUGACGUUCGGUGCCGGACCCAGACGAUGCAUUGGCGAACAGUUCGCGCGAGCGCAGAUGCGUUGUCUCAUUGCCGGGUUGGUAGGAAGAUUUGAAUUCUCUCCCCUGGCACCAGAGAGGGAGUCGGACGACGGACUGGAAAUUGGAGAUCAGGCUGCCCUGACUUUGUUCAAGAUCUUUGAAGAUUGGAAGAUUCAGGCGACGGAAAUAGAAGGCUGGUAA